UCUCGAUGGUUUCAAGUUCUCACGCGCGCUCUUCGUUCCUGUCAUCGUCUGUUUCAACUGUCAUACUCCCUGCACUAGCGCCAUCAACCCUCGCGAACGUUUUACUUGUUUGCUUUUACACGGUAAAUAAAACACGUUUGUUAGCUGCAUGGGAGGCGUUAAUUCACGCGAUAUGGAUAUCGCACACGAUCCAGGACUUGCCGCUGUCCUGCAAUAUCUGAUACGCAGCGGCCAACUACACAUUAUAACUUCGGAUCAGGAUGACUCGGAAGAAGAAUACGCGGCGAAUUCUCAACCACCGAGAGUCACAUCUUCCCCGAACACGUCCAGAUUAGAUAAAAGCGAAAUAAGUCUUGCCACGAAACAAGCGUGCGGAUUCGUAGACAACGUCGAUAAACAUAAUCUAUCAGUGACGUCGAUGAUUCAAAGAAGAAGUUUGGGUCCUAGUUUUAGUAGAGGAGAGAGGUGUCGAAUAAGUAGCAGCUUUCUACCAAAUAAAAUGCAUCAAGUCGCUAAAUAUAAUACUAAAGCGUUUUGCGGUUCUUACUCGGAGGACGGAAGAUUUUUCUUAACUGCUAGCCAAGAUAAAUUUUUGCGUCUUUAUCGGACGCACGACGGAGAAUUUGUAGAAUUCAAAACUAUUCCUGCACGAGACGUGGGUUGGAGCAUUUUGGAUACAGCGUUUAGUCCUGAUGGCAAUUACAUCGUUUAUUCUAGUUGGUCGGAAUGUUUGUAUUUGUGGCCCGUUUACGGAGAUUCGAGUACACAAGAAUCGUUAUCGUUGUGCCCAGAGGAGCGAAGAUUUGGUGUAUUUUCCGUAGUAUUUUCAAGCGAUGGACGAGAAAUUCUGAGCGGCGCGAAUGACGGUUACUUUUAUAUAUACGAUCGAGAAUGUCAUCAACGCGCGUUCAGGAUCGAAGCCCACGACAACGACGUUAAUACGGUUGUGUUUGCGGACGAUACCUCACAAAUUUUAUACAGCGCUGGUGACGAUGGACUUUGUAAGGUAUGGGAUAGAAGAACAUUGAGCGAAACCGAUCCACAUCCGGUUGGAGUGUUAGCUGGACAUAUGGAUGGAAUUACGUAUAUCGAUCCGCGCGGCGACGGUCGAUACCUUAUCACAAACAGCAAAGAUCAGACCAUCAAAUUAUGGGACGUGCGCGCAUUUUCUGACCACAACGGUGAACAGAACACGCGCAAGGCUGUUGCAAAUCAAAAUUGGGAUUAUCGAUGGCAAAAAGUACCGAAACGACUGCACAAAGCGAGAAAUAUGUUGGAAGGCGAUACCAGCAUCAUGACCUAUCGCGGUCAUUCCGUACUUCAAACAUUGAUACGUUGUCAUUUCUCUCCUUCUUCCAUUACGGGUCAAAGAUACAUAUAUACCGGAUGUGCCGCAGGACGAGUGAUAAUAUACGACGUGUUGACUGGCAGGAUAGUUAGUAGUCUAGUGGGACACAAAGGAUGCGUUCGUGAUGUCAGUUGGCACCCGUUUCAUCAGGAGAUCGUUUCUACGUCCUGGGACGGCGCGAUCGUCAGUUGGCGAUACGCUGGAAAAACCGCUCUGGACAAUUCCGACUCGGAGGAGGAGACCGACGCGGAAUCACCGCCGCGUACUUUAAGACGUAGUCAACGAAUAGCUGCUCAACGAGCGAAACAUGCCGCGACAUGUUGAGUCCCCUAGAUUCCCUAGAACCGGCAGAUCGGGAACGUUCUCGGGAAUUGAAUCUUUUUAUUCUUACGAGGAAAGAGCUAACGCUCUCGAGGCUCUCGGUGAAAUGUUUUCGUGUCGAUGCUGAUGAUUGAUCGUUCGAUCAGUCGACGUUUCCCUUCAACGGACACAACCUUUUUCUAUAAGACUGAAUUGUUAUCGAACACGUGCACUUUAACGAAAUGAACGUUGCAAUUGAAAUCGUUGCGUCGACGCAUCGUUCAUACUUAGAUACGGGCAACGCGCGUUCAUAGUAAAUAAGGCAAAUUGCCGAUACCCAGCACUACCCUAGCUAUGCGACUGCUUCUCUUUCGAAUCAAACUUGCCAUUUCCCAACGGUCCACCGAUCUAUCUUUUCUUUUCUUUUCUUUUCUUUUCUUUUCUUUUCUUUUCUUUUCUUUUCUUUUCAACUGACAUUCGAAUGAUCGGGAAAACAUCUUCCCUCUGCUUCUCUUCUUUCCGGUCUCCUUUUCUUCCAGCAGUUUUCUUUAAAUCCGAUUUUUCUUGUUCACUUCAAUUUUCUUUUCGUAUCGUAGAUGUGCUUUCAAGUAGGAAAAAUGUUGGUGCAACAGCCUCAAAAGCCUUCCUUAUAAAUACGAAUAUUAAGAAUAUUAUUAUACUUUACUCGUUGCAAUCUGUUAUUUUGAUUUCUCGAAGAAAAUGAAAGACAUUAGCAGGUAAGAAAUUAAUCCGCUUCUGCUUAACGGAAUAUUAUCAUCUUUUCAACUCGAUCAUUUUAGUGCAUUGUACGAAAAAUAAUACUUUUGUAAAUGAAUAGAAAUCGCAAGGGGGAAAGGAAAUGGAAAUGAAAAUGGAAAAUGGUAAAAAGAGACAGUCCGAUAUCCACGGCAUAGCUGUUUUGCGAGUUGACCAAAAGCGAAAGGGACGGUAAUACAUACGUGUAUAUUUUGCAGUUGUAUAUGUGCUCCGUAAGGUAUGUUUAAAUGUUAUGAAUGGAAUUUUAAAAAUUGUACAGAUAUAGAAAGAUAUAGAAAUAUAGAAUACGUGAACAUAGAAACAUACGUACGUACAUAUACAUACAUAUAUGCCAUAGGUACAUACGUGCGAAAAUACAUAAUAUAAUAUACAUAUAGUAUGUAAGUGUAAUCGAUAAACGAUACGUUUGCGAAAGGUACUUUUGAUAAAUAAAUAAUUGUUAAUUUAUUAUUUGUAUCGUAAAUAUUUUGUUCUUCAUUAUACAUAUAUGGUAUAUACAGGACGCUGGGUUACGAGUGGACAUCCCUUGAGAGGAUUGUAGCUGGGGUGAUUCUGAAGAAUUUGUUCUUUUAGCAAAAAUGAUUUAUGUAAAAGAGCCGAGCAAGCAGUGUAGAGAGUGCGCAGGCGCAGGCGCAGCCACAGCCACGGGAGUGUCAGCUACGAACCGAUGCGUCAUUGCUCGCUCUUUUUAUUUAUUAAUAAUUGAAAAACUAAGUCUUAAAGAGUAGUUUGGUAAAGGAAAAAGCUAUUAACCCCUGAAAGGAUGCCCAGCCGUAGCCGAACACCGUAUAUGUAUAUGUAUAUAUUGUAUAUUGUAUAUUGUAUAUUGUAUAUUGUAUAUAUGAGGAAUAUAUGCAUGCACUUUUAUUAUAAUAACGAUAAGUACGUACUGUACGAAUGUACGCGCAAGUAUGGCUGCAUAUGUAAAUGUGUACUAAUAAAUUGCUAGAGGGUAUAAAUACGAAA